AAUAAAUAUGGCGGAUUUCCACCACGCAGCAUAAUAAGCAGAUAAUGACCGUAAGAUAAGGGAAAACAUCACUUCGCGAGGAAAAUCAGCACGUAAACUCGUCACGUUUUCUUUUUUUUAUUAUUAACGGCGCACGAAUAUCACGACUUGCACUCUACUCAGUAAAUGAAUGGGUCUUUCUAUUCUAAUAACACCCACUGGACCAGCCAAUAUAUUUUUAAAAAUCAGUAAGCGGGAGGUCUGUAUGGAGACAAAAACAUAAACAACGGUGAUGGGACUAAAGUAGCUCAUCUUGGAGAAAACGACGUCAGAAGAAGAUGGGAUACAAGAUCCCAGGCGCUGCAAUGGAUCGUGUAAGCCUGCUUUGGCGGUUACGGCGUCGAGCUCGUCGAGGAGCUUUGUGCAUGGCAUUAUUUUGCAUGACCAUGGCUGUGUUGUAUACACUGUGUGCUGAAAACAGCGUACCUGUUACUGAUGCUAUCUUUGGGGUGAGGGCAAGAACUCGAGCACAACCUCGGACACACUCCAUUGUAAAGGUCCUGAGGGGAGUAGGAGCUAAAACCAUGUACGUGGACCCUCAAAAGCUCCCAGGAGUCAUUCCGGGUGACCCUCAAAAGCCUAUCCCUGUCCUGUCAUCCUCCACAUACGCUAUGGAGGGAAGCCGCAAGGACCACCCCUUCAGAAACAGAGACAGGGAGCCACAUGGGCUUCUGUCCUGGCUCUUGGGCAGACCCUUAAGACGUGCCCUUGAGACUAUCCUUGGAGGCAGAAGAAGAGCAGAUGCAGGCGGUCUGAAAGGAGAUGCAGAGUUCUUUGGACCUCAUGGAGCUCUAGGAGAGAUAUGGGAUGAUGAAAUGUCCAGCACUAUGCUUGGAAAACGACUGAGGAAGGUGGUACAGAACUAUCAGGCAAUGAAUAAAUAUGGGGUGCAACUUUCAGGAUCAGAGGGUGCAACGAGACGUCAUAAACUGAGUGGCCCUGAACUCCUGUGCCAACUCAAAGAGAUGGUGCAAAUCACCACAUUAACACCAGAGAUGAAACCAUUUGCUGGAUUUUCCUGGGCCUCCCUGCUGCCUCAACGACCCCUGACCUCAGACCUUGGUCCAUUUAAAACAUGUGCAGUCGUGUCAUCUGCAGGCUCUCUGCGAAACUCCGGAUUAGGAAAAGAAAUUGAUUCUCAUGAUGCAGUCGUAAGAUUCAAUGCUGCACCCACUGCUGGCUUUGAGAAAGAUGUGGGCUCUAAAACUACAGUACGCUUGAUCAAUUCCCAGGUGAUGGCAUCAGAAGAUCAUCAUUUCCUCUCCAGUUCUUUAUACAGUACUGGGAUUUUAGUAGCCUGGGAUCCUGCACCUUACUCUUCAGACCUUAAUGAGUGGUACAACAAGACAGAUUACCCAAUAUUUAAACAAUAUCAGCGCUACCGACGGCUACACCCUCAACAGCCUUUUUAUAUCCUACAUCCCAGUGUGGAGUGGCAAUUAUGGAGACGGGUACAAGACAAUAUGGGUGAGCCUAUCCAAAAGAACCCACCAUCUUCAGGCCUAUUAGGGACAGUACUGAUGAUGUCACUUUGUGAUGUGGUUCAUGUGUAUGAAUUCUUGCCAUCGCGUCGCAAAACCGAGCUCUGCCACUACUACCAGCGCUUCAGUGAUGCAGCCUGCACACUGGGUGCCUACCACCCACUGCUCUAUGAGAAGAACUUGGUGAAGAGGAUGAACCAGGGUUCUGACCGAGACAUCUACACUCAUGGCAGAGUCACUUUGCCUGGAUUCAGCACUUUUAACUGCACCCACACUUUCACUUCUUCCACUUUUUCAAAGACAUAAACUAAAGACUGCGUUUACUCAACUUAGAAUUCAGAAUGUAACGGUAUUAACGGUGCAUGAUUCAUUGUAUGAUCACUACAGCCCACUCUAAACAAGUGGACCUACACCGCUCUCAGGAUGUGUGUAGGAAGCUCUGUAAACUGUAAGUAUUUUUAGUCAUUAGUAAGCGGUUAAUGAAAUUCCUAAAAGGUAUGAUCACCACUUGUUUACCUUCUCUAGUCCAAAGAAGUGUAACCUUGUCUUGUAUUCAAUCCUUGGACGAGUAAGUGCUAAACAACUGUAAGAUAUAGACACCAAACUGCUUUACUUCUUAGUUGAAUAACCACAAAUAGCUGUAUAAGUAAAUUAUGGUGAAGUACACAACACUGCAGUUUUUUAUAGCUGCAGUAAUAAUCAUCAUGUGUAAGAAGGAAACAUUUAAUAGACUAAUUUACCCAGGUUCACUUUUGAUCUUGUAAUUGCCAAAUUUCAGUUUCUUGGUAACUUCACAA